UUUAUCCAAAGGAAGACAACCUGUACUACCUUGACAACCACGUGACCUCGACCUUGAAAGUGAAAGAAGAUCACCUCAGAUUUAGAUUUGCCGGGACACACUGUCCUAAAUCAAAAACAAACCAUGGACUCCGUAUUUGCCGAUAUUGAAGGUGCACCUGCAAUCGAAGUUUUCAAGCUGAUCGGGGAUUAUAAUGAAGACACAUUUGACAAAAAGGUUAAUUUAGGAGUUGGAGCCUACAGGACAGACGAAGGCAAACCAUGGGUUUUACCUGUAGUAAAAACAGUGGAGGCUAUGAUGGCAGGGGAUGCUGGUUUAAAUCAUGAAUAUUUACCUAUAUCUGGACUACCAGACUACAGAACAGCUUGUCAAAAACUACUUCUAGGAUCUGAAUCACCAGCAAUCCAGAGUAGUAGGGUUGAGAGUUUUCAGGCAUGUGGUGGAACAGGAGCUAUAAGACUUGCUGCUGAUUUCUUGAAAAGAUUGAUGAAUUUUGAUUGUGUUUAUGUAUCCAAACCAACAUGGGGUAAUCAUAAAACAAUAUUUAAGAGAAGUGGAUUUUCUGAUGUUAGAGAGUACAGAUAUUGGCAUCCUGAAACAAAAUCACUGGAUUUCCAAGGCAUGCUUGAAGACUUAAAUAACGCACCAGAGAAAUCUGUUGUCAUACUACAUGGUGUUGCACAUAAUCCUACUGGAGUGGACCCAACAAAAGAUCAGUGGGUAGAGAUAAUCAAGACCUGUCAGGCUAAAAAUAUAUUUAUCUUGGUAGACAUUGCCUACCAAGGUUUUGCUACAGGUGACCUUGAUGCUGAUGCUCAUCUUCCAAGAUACCUAGAUAGAAAUAAUAUAGAGUUUAUGGCUGCACAAUCUUUCUCCAAGAAUUUUGGACUGUACAAUGAAAGAACAGGAAACUUAGUGGUGGUGUGUGCUAAUUCAGAGUUAAAAGCAAAGAUAAGAUCUCAGAUGGAGCUAAUUAUUCGUGUCACAUGGUCUAAUCCACCCAAUCAUGGAGCUAGAAUUGUUACUACUGUUCUCAACAACCCUGCUAAUUGUGCUGAAUGGAAAGAACAUAUAAAGGAGAUGGCUAGCAGGAUAAAACAGAUGAGACAAAUGCUACAUGCUAAGUUGAAAGCAUUAGGUACUCCAGGUAAUUGGGAUCACAUCAUUCAACAGAUUGGAAUGUUCAGCUUUACUGGUUUGUCGCCAAAACAAGUAGAGGUGAUGAUCAACAAAUACCACAUCUAUUUACUGAAAGAAGGUGGCAGAAUCAACAUGUGCGCUCUCACUACGUCAAAUAUAGACUAUGUCGCCAAAAGUAUACAUAGUGUUGUUACAGAGGCUAAAUUAUAAGGUGGAUACGUUACAUGGCAAACUGUCUGAUCAAUUGAUGACCAACCCUUCCAAAGCAUUUUAGUGGAUAUUUUUUUUUAUUGCAUUUGAAUAAAAAUAUUCAGAAAUGAUUAUUAUUAAAUAUAUUAUACUGAACUCAUGAUAUUCACAUAUGUGUAUAUGUCAUGAAUUCAAUUAUUUUGAUUUGAAAUCCUGUUUGCAUUACAAGAUGAUUAAUAUUCUUUGUGCAGUAGAACAUUUUAUACUGAAAUUUUAAUGAUGGCUUAAUCCGAAAUUGUUAACAAGAAACAGGUUUGUUUGAUAAUUUAUUAAAGCAUUGAAAACAAUGCUAACCAAAAAUUUAUCUUGUUUGUAUUAAUCUAGAGAUUUGGAGAAAAAAAUGUAUACUGUUAAUUUUUAUUUUUAUUCUCUUCUCACACUGGUAGUGAAUUAGCUUUAAAAAAAUUCAAAUGCAUAUAUUGCAGUUGAGUUUUGCAAAUCUUCAAAAUAGUGCUUUUGUUUACUGUUAGAAAAAAAUCAAGUCUGAAAUUUUUACUUUGUUCAAGAUUAUGUCUAUGCUAUUCAGACUGUGAUACAUGUACUGUAUAUGAAUUAUAUGUUUAUAUUUUAGAUAUUAUUUGAAUGAAAUCUCUCACUUUUUAUUUUGACAUGUUAGAGAAAUUUGACUGUGAAUAAAUGUUUACUUGUC